UAUGAAUUGAAUUUCUUCGUAUCUUAAACACUAGGUGUCUUCUCAUCUGUCUUACCCUUGAUAUUAAGAAUUAGGCAUCUGAUAUCUGUUGUUAGUGUGAGGUUAAGAAUUAGGUAUCUGAUAUCUAUUGCUAGUGUGAGGUGUUAACUAUACAUGGAUUUAGUUAGAGGUGCGCAAGUUGGUCUGCACACCAUGAUUAUAUAUUCGUAUGUUAUGUGCCGGAACAUCUAUUUCUUUUUUUUGUGUGUGUGAAGUUAUAAGUGGAUCUUAUGAAUUUGAGGAAAAGGCCUAUGGUUUCUCGAGGAAAAAGCAUUUGAAUUUCAUCCUCUUUCUGCUCGUAGUCGUUGUGACAAGCUGCUUCGCGUGAUAAGGAUGAAUUUAGCUGAAGAAUUACUAGUAUUUGUUACUUUUUGGGAGGAUUUUUUUUUGGUUUUAUUGGGACAAUCCGAGAAAAGCGUUUACUUUCUUAGUGAAUUUUGUCAUAAUUUUAGUUAAGAGCUGAAAUCUCGAGCACCGUGAUUUCAGUUUUCGUAACGUAGUUUGCUGGAUUUUGAGCUCAAUCUAGGAAAAUUGAGCUGGUUAUUAUACGAUUGAGAAGUUAAGCAGGCGGGGAAUACUCAUAAAUGUUGUUCUUUUGCUUGGUGUUUUAGUUCGAGUGAGGCGCCUCUUCUUUUAUCAACAAAAGAAAAAAGUGAUGCUUCGUAUCAACUGCUUGGAUUUUGAGCUCAAUCUUGGCAAAUCGAGCGGACGAAUAAAAGAUCGAUUUAAUUAAGUAGUUAAAAUGUCAACUCCUGCAAGGAAGAGACUGAUGAGGGAUUUCAAGAGGUUACAACAGGAUCCUCCUGCUGGUAUUAGUGGUGCUCCUCAAGACAAUAACAUUAUGCUGUGGAACGCCGUUAUAUUUGGUCCUGAUGAUACUCCUUGGGAUGGAGGCACGUUUAAAUUGACGCUUCAAUUCAGUGAGGAUUAUCCCAACAAGCCACCAACAGUACGAUUUGUUUCUCGCAUGUUUCAUCCAAAUAUUUAUGCAGAUGGAAGUAUAUGUUUGGAUAUCCUGCAAAACCAGUGGAGUCCAAUAUAUGAUGUUGCAGCUAUACUUACAUCCAUUCAGUCAUUACUGUGUGAUCCAAACCCCAAUUCUCCAGCAAACUCGGAAGCUGCUCGGUUGUUCAGUGAGAAUAAGCGGGAGUACAACCGGAGAGUUAGAGAAAUUGUGGAGCAGAGCUGGACUGCAGACUGAUACCACGAAAUAGUGGUUGUUGCAACCUCAAUCAGGGAGCUUCAAGGCUCCACUAUGUUGUGUUUCCAGAUACUUAUGUCCGAAAUUUUAAUUAUAGUGUAAAGCAUUCGUGCUGUUUCUAUGUGGUUUCUUGAUGGCUACUCCUCUAGAUUGGUGUUCAGUGCAUUGGGUUGUCAAGCAGCUCCUGUAGAUUAUGACUUGUAUUGGAUUUGCUUAGAAUGUGUUAGUUGCUCCAGCAAAGAUGGUUUUCAGAUACUUCCAUUUCCUCUCAAGUGUGGAUUUAACUUGAUAGCCUUGCAGACCUACUAUAUAGACCAGCAUUGUAUGAUCAUAUAUUCAAUCUAUAAAGAAGCAAUGACUUUUCAUGA